AAUUCAUAAACACGCCCUCUGUCGCGACAGAACAUAAAAGUAUAUAAACUUUCUGUAUAGAGUUUGUUGCAUUGAUAACCGACAUUGUGAAACAGGUGCGAGGAAUAUACAAAGAAACAUGGAGACUAAUGAUAACAAAAUGCUACUUUAUUAUUUCCCAAAUUUUCGCUCCAACCGAUGUAUAUGGCUCAUUCAUGAACUGGAAGCCACAAACGAUGUCCAGUUUGAGUUAUUCAAUACAAGGGAUCUGGACAAAUCUAAAGUCGACCAUUACCGAAGGACCGUGCACCCUCUUGGUACAGUACCAGCUCUAGUUAUAGAGGGGAAAGAACCCAUGAUAGAAUCUGGGGCGAUUUGCAUGUAUCUGGCUGAACUGUACCAGAAACUGCUGCCAGAAAACAACAGAAAAAUGGACUAUCUCAACGUUAUAUUUUACUGUUGCGGUACCAUCGAUGAGAUCCUUGAACAUCUCUUUGUCCAGUGGAUGUUCACAGAGCCCGAGAAGAGGGACAACGGCUUGAUUCAGAAUAUGAUGAUCAAAUUUGACGCCGCGGCCUCUCAUCUAGAAAAACUCUUACACAACAGAAAAUUCAUAUGUGGAGACGAAUUAACGGCAGCAGAUUGUGUCCUUGGCUACAACUUAUGGUGGGCCAGUGUGAUGCAAGGCGGGGAAUUGUUGAACAACCACCCAGAGCUUAUGUCGUACUACGAUAGACUGAAGAGGCGAGAAAACUUCAAACGGACAUUCUCAUGAAGAACUUAAAAUCUACAUCUCACUAUUUCCCGCUUUAUGCCAAUGAUCUGCAAUAGUCAUUGUUUUAUUGUAAAACUCGGACACAACUGUAUUUUAAAGUAUGAUUUAUUCCGAAGAAAUAUUGUUGAAAAGUCCCAUUUGGUUUACCAGGGGUUUUCUGCAUGUAACACAUACCGUAUCAACAUGCCAGAAGCGAAUUAUUCAGAAUAUCCAGAUAACUAUUACUGAUUAUGUCUCCCCUUCACAGUUUGUUAUGUGAAUUCUUCUUCCACUUCUCAUAUAAAGUUUGUCCGGGCCAUAACUUCUUUGUCUUUUGACAUAGUCUUUUAAUAUAUGGCAUGUGGGCAUACCAUAAGACAGUGUGUAGCGUACUAUUUUUGAAGACCUUUGGCCUUGACCUUUUAUGUAAAAAUUUAUUUUGUCAGGACCAUAACUUUUUUUGUCGUUUGACAUAGGCCUUUAAUAUUUGGUAAGUUGGCAAGUUUGAUUUACUAUCAUAUGCUCACAACACUGUUCCUUGUUUGAUGUUAUUUACUGUAAGUAUUAAUUUAAAUUAAAAGAGUAAUUGGCCUCAAUCAUCCAUGCAAACUUCUUGGAAAACUUUUUGAUACCAUGGUUGUUCCCAUUUUACUAUAUGGAAGUAAAAUUUGGGGACUUUUAAAGGCUAGUUAAAAAGAAUUUGAAUCUUAUAAACAAGUUCAUUUGAAUUUUAUAAAAGAAAUUCUAGGAGUUCAUUGUAAAGUUUUUAAUGAUGCAUGGCGAGCAGAGCUCAAUCGUUUACCUUUAAGAAAUAUAAUCUUACAGUCUUGUGUGAAAUUCUUAGAUCAUAUUCAAACUCAGGAUGAAUCAUUAGUUAAUAAAAUAGAUCAAACAACUAAAAUAUUAAAUCCAUUGGUUAAAACCUUUAAUGUAACUUUACAUAGUUAAGGAUUUUCUUUCAUCAUAAAUAAAGAUAGUGAUGUAAAACUCCAUUAAACAAAGAAUUACUGAACAAUUUUUGCAAACUGCAAAUACCCAUAACUCUGACAAGUUGACACUUUUCAGUAAAUUAUAUAACAUGAAUAAACGAGCAGUCUAUGUUGAUAAAUUAACAAACAGAUUUGAUAGGUCAAUGAUCCAUAAAAUUAGAAUAAGUGCUCAUGUCAGCUAAAAUGCUAUAGAAAAAGGAAGAUUCAAUUGUUUUUGUAAUGCCUGCAAAACCAAAAUCAUUGAAGAUGAAGAACAUUUUUUAUUACAUUGUACUGCAUAUACAGAAAUACGAGCUAAAUUGUUAAAAGAACUGAAAUCUCGUAUUAAAAAUGUAAACUUGAUUGAUAUAAAUGCUAAACUUCAAAUAUUGCUGAAUAAUAACUCAUUGAAAAUCCUGAAAUUGUCUACAAUCAUUCAUUUUUGACUGUCUUAACUUUAGAAAAUCCCUUUUAUGCUGAAAUGCUAAUUGCCAAAAACUACUUUUAUACUUUUAUAAGCAUUAUUAUAAGCUUGUUUACCAAUGAGAAUAUAAUGACAAAGUUUGAGUACACAUGUAUACGUUUGUCUAUGUUUGUACACACAUACAUGUAUGUAUUCUAAUCUGUCAAUUUAAUUUUGAAUAAGAACUGUAACUCAGUUGAAUAUGUGUUAAAUAUGUGUAUGUAUAUAUGUAUGUAUUAUGCACCAUAAUUGUCAUUUACAGACACAAGUAUAUUUAUACAAUAUUUCUAUUGUCAUAAGUAUGAAACAUUAUUGCUAUGUCAUGUCAUUACAGGUACUAUUAUUAUUGUUAUUUUGUUUUACACAUGCGCAAUAACCAUAACUUGUUGAUGCAUGAUGUGUUGCGCCAAUAAAGAAUUUGAAUUUA